AUGUCGCAAGCCAAAUCGAAAUGGGAUCUAGACUUGGCCACAGGCCAGUUGACUCGAAAGCUCCGAGGAACAGAGCUGAUAGUCAGGGCCUCGGAGCUCACCAAUAAUGGAAACUUUCAACUCAACAUUCUGGGAGAAUUUGAAACAAAUAUCCCAAAGAUUGAGCUGAGAAGGCGAUGCCAAACAUCCUGGUGGCUCACCAGACAGACUCUGCCACUGAUUGGCGUUACUCUGGGCUUGGAGCAGGCAUUUUUCAAGCCGAUACAGUCUGUCAAUGAUGCGAAGCUUUGGAUAUCGGAGACUUGCAUUUUCGAGAAAAAUGUCACCUGCGAAGAGGUAUUGAUGAAGCAAUAUCGCCAGGCAUCAGAUGUCACGAAAGUAACAGUGAUACUUGAGCCUUUGUCUGGUCGUUUGGGGUGCGUUGUGAAUAUUUCCCACACGCUCACCAGCCUUGAUGUGUAUCAAAUCAUCGACUCCUUUGUGAGCAACUUGUCGGCAAGAGAGUGCGACGUUGAUUUGGAGCAAAUCUUUCUUCCAGAGACGGCCACUCUAGUAGCCAACAGAUUGCCACAGAGUCUCGGGCAGGCCUACGCAAACCAGCACCCAGCCAUCACAGAGGCAGAACGCGAGGAGGCGUGGAGGAUAUACGAGCACGCUCAAGAGCGAUGGCAACGCUCCUCCAUCGGCAUACCUGUCCAUCCGGAUCAUGAAACCCGCCCAAGUCUCAUUCACAAUGAGCAGGCCACAUUCUCUGCCGCCGAGGUCAAGGCAGCCUUGGCCGCUGCCAAAAUGCAGCGUGUCACCAUAACAACAUUGUUUUUCGCUUGCAUCACGGCAGGCAUCAGAGCACGCUACAGCGACGGGAGCGAAGAGGGAGCGCAUCUGGUCUUUAGCGGAAACGGCCAGCGCUGGCUCGACACCCGCGCAAGCGACACCCGAGGUCCAGUGGGAAUGAGCAUUCUGCCCGGCGCCUUGUGGCUCGACCGAGCCGACAUUAUCAACACGGGACAAGUCAAGCCACACGACGUCUUUGAAAUGGCCCGCAAGAUACAAACCCUGCAGAACCAGGAUUUGGUCUCCAAGCACAUCAUCGCCGUCUAUGACGAGCUCGCGCCAACAGCGUUCCAGGCGGCCAUGGAGUCGCGCCAUCAGCCUCGUGCCGUCCCUCGCGUAUGCCGACCUACCUUGACUUCCCAGGGAGAGUUUUUCAAACAGGACUCUGCCGCUCGUCGAGAGAGCAAUGAUGCCGCCGCCGGCGUUCACAAAGCAAAGCUCGUUCACUUUCGGUCGGGAGGCCGCAACACGGAUUCUAGCGUGUGCUUUGCGCUUUUUAGUUUUCGCGGAGACAUGAGGUGCAAUAUGCUGUUUGAUGAAAAGUUUUUUGACCGAGAUGAGGUUGUUGGGCUCAUGGAUACCAUCCUGGGUAUAUUUAGACGGGUAGCCUUUUCUGUGCAAGAUGGCACGCUGGCAAAAUUUUAA